UCAGUUCCUGGUGCUCCUGCGACUAUGGCAGUGAGACUCCCAUACACACUUCAAACGAGAUGGGGAAUGGUAUUGGACAAGGGUGCGCCGGCACAGCUUCGUAUUCCUCAAGGAGUAGUCUGGUUGCAGAUCGAUAAUGAAGAGGGCACAGAGACUGGACCGUCCAGUACAGCCUCUGGACUCACGCAGGCUCUUGAAGACGCUAUUGUCUUGGACAAAAUGAAGGAUUUGAGAGACUACCAGCCCCCUGAGAUCGUCAUCCAAAAAGCUGCAGAGUACCUGAGGGCUACUGAGAUGCGUGGGACCUGUACCCAGGUACCAGUGCACUCCAGGAAGUUAAAACGAUUCGCUGCCAACCUAGCUGCUUGUUCAAGCAAAGUAUCUAAGGAGGACCUGAAAAGCUAUAUUCGGACCCGCACGCGCUUCGACCUUGAACAAGCAGCAGCCAUUGUGGUCUCCGCCAUCCGGGAACAUGGCAGUCUGGACGAUGCACUAAGGCUAGUGAGAGAACUUGGUACGGUGCUUGCAACAAGUUGUAUGUGGGUGGAGUGGGAUCAGGUGUUGCCACAAUCGAAAAGUGCAACCGGAAAGACCCAAAGACUGGGCGAGAAGCUGCAGCAGUCCGCAGCACAUAUGGGGCAAAAAAUACCUGCGGCUUCCGAUCACCGAGACCUCGUAAAGCUGUUGAUGAGGGUCCGAAGGUACAAGACAGAUGACCGAUGUCUCCUUAUCCCUCAGUGGAUGUUCUCGGAAGCAGAAAUCGAUGCUCCAGACCACUUCAAGGUCGAAUUCACCGAUAAUCAGCACCCUCCAGCCAAAGCUGUUCCGGGGCGGUAUCCCUUGGCGAAACGGGAAGAGGACUCCAUCGUUGUAUCCAAGAAACAUUUCAGAAACCUUCAACGCUGCAUAUUCCGCCUCUUUCCUUUCUGGAAACCAGAGAUCAACCUUCGGAGGCGUAUCCGCAAGCUGGAGGACAACGUACUGUAUGGGUGCUCGUGGAUCGAGGACCGCGUACUGAACACAGACGACAUAGCACUUCUCUGCCAUUACUUCUUCUACUUCCAGCGGCGACUCCAGAGGAAGGUUGUUAGUAUCGUGGGAGGUUGGUCAUUUCUCGCAAAGGACGAGGGUAAGAAAUUGUACCAAAACAAUAUUGCCAUCAGAUCGACGUUUGAAGACGUCCUUCAGGAUAUUGCAGAGUCGGAGGAGAAGGGCAUCCUAGUAGCCAUGGGAAGAGAUGAUACCCUUCGGCAAAUCGACGAGACGUGCCUUCUCAUGAAGGAAUACGUGGACAUCUUCGGUGGAGGCAAGACGGAGAACCUUGUCUUCAAGGAAGGCGUCCGCGGAGGCUCCGGCAGGGGUCCAGUAGAUGACUACAACCUGCUUUGUACCAUACUCGCCCAACUGAGGGAGGAUGCAAGAUAUGAAGGGGUUGAGGAUCUACCCGGACCAACCCGCAAAUUUCUGGCCAAAGACAUUUUGCACUGGAAUAAUGCUUGGGGAGACGACGCCUUUGCAGGAGCGGAACCAGGGUGGAAAGCCUGGAUACAUAAAAGAGGCUUGGGAGGAGAUGCUGACUGGGAGAUAUUGGAAGGUGAACGUACAUGACUUGCGAUGAUGGGGUUUAUUAGCGUUUACUGUAGUCUAGCG